ACACGAUGAAAAUGGCGGGGCUUGAUAAACUUAAAUCCGGUUGACAGGGGGCUAUUCUUCAAUGGACCUCGCGUCGCGUGGGAAAAGAGCCGCUGAAGAUUCAUAUCAACAAACCACCUUCGCAAACCAACCAGCACAUUCUUCGGGCAAGGACCAGAACAUUGACUUGCAAAUGUCUUCCUCUACCACCCCCCAAGCUGGAAGCAGCACAAAACGAUCUGGUUCUGGUAGUCGCAGACCCCUCUCGCGCCCAACAACACCCCUGCGACCCUCGUCGAGAUCUUCUCUGCGCGAGUCCGGGAAAGCAAGCAUUGGUGGCGCAACAGAUGCUCCUCUCGAGGCCUUUGAGCCUGCAUUUGCAGAGUUGUCGGAUUCGAUGGCAGACUUGGAGGCCAAUUUUAUGCAUCUCCAGUUGAUGCAAGAGAGUUUGUCUAGGUUUAGUGAGAACUUUGCCAGUUUUCUGUAUGGCUUGAAUAUGAACGCAUUUUGCGUGGAUUUUCCCGAGGCUCCUAUUCCAGAUUCAUUUCGUAGAGCUCGAGAGCAAGAGGACCAACUUGGCCAUUCAACAAAUUCAGAUAGAUUUCACGGUGAAAUUGAUGGGGAAACAACAUUCUUGACAACUGAUACAUCCUUCGUCGAAAAUCCUCCCACAUCUUCGAAGUCAGCACCCAAAUUUGCAACUCCUGCUCCAGCUUCUCGGAUAGCGGGCGCUGGACGAGGGGCUGCGGGACCGGUAGGGAGAGGAGGGGCAGCUCGCGGAGGUCUUCGAGGGACUCGUGGUAGUGGUCUUGCAAGAGCUGCGAAAGGUCGUGGUGCGAAGUAGAUGAUACCCCAAUAUGAUUCAUGCCUCACGUCCACUGCCACAAAGCGUUGUGUGUUUGGCAUCGAGUACUUCAUGUCGCCACUUCCUCCAUUAGUCCAGAGUUCUCCAUAUCCACUUCCACAUCCUUGGUGUUUUCCUUCGCAGCCUGCCGAGGUCCGUUAUCCGUCCGCAAUCCAACAGCUGCUUCAGCUUCCUUCUGGGUAUACGGUUCGUCCUUCAGUGCCUUAACUCUUCUCUUAUGCGUGCUCCCCUUGCGGUGCGUGACCAAGCUGUGCUCGCUCUCGAACCAUUUUGCGCACUCCACACAAUAAAAUUGCCCGAG